UAUAUUUAGAACAGCAACACAUGUCCGAACACAAUACACACUACUAUAUCUGUUUCGAAUUCAAAUCUGCUGUCCUUUUAUCUUAAACCAUCUUCAAAAUAUUAAUAUAUAUAUAUAUAUAUAUAUUUCGUCUUCAAAAUCCAGAGUAUCUCAGAAUAAUAUAACAUCAUCAUCUAUAUAUUUCGAUCUCUCCUUAAGGAAAAAUAUUGGAAACUUCGACGAAUGUGUAUAAAUCUUUCUUUCUUUUUUCUUUGUCCUUAUUUAGUUUUCUUGGAAUCGGUCUGAAACUAGGACAAUUAAUCCGCCAUUUUCUCCUCGGUCUCUCUGCUCAUCUCUUCACUAUCGGAUCUGGGUCUCCUUCGCUUUCGUUUCAAGAUUUUGGGUUAUUCCUGGAGACGAGACGUUAGCUGUAAUUCAUUCUUUACUUGCUUUGGCUAUUAAAGGCGGCACAAACGUGAAUAAAAAGAAAAGAAACUCACUCACACAUAUAGAUACACAUUUGGUCUAUGUUUGUGUGUGUGUGUCCUUUCGUCUCUAUUGGGAAUAGAUCUUGAUCUUGAUUACAGAUUCAAGACCAAAGAGAUCGUUCUCUGAGCUUCGGUUCUGAUCUAAGUGAGUGUGAAGUUGGGUUCUUUUUCAGUUUUGGAAUCUUGUUGUCUUGAGUGAAUAAUUUGGUGCGAUAAUGGGGAUGAGUCUCGAUCUCGAUGUUGAUCUUGAGAAAGGAAUGGUAGAUUGCGACACUGGUUAUACAAAAUCACCGGAGAAGCCAUUGAUACCGAUGUCUCCAGAUAACAAACCGGUAAAAACCGGAGAAGAAACCGUCGGUUCGUUAGAAAACAAUGCAAGCCCGGUUCAAUGUGCAAUCAAUAAACCGGGAUGGGGGAAGAGCGAUCGGAAGGAGAAACGCAAGAAAUCAGCGUCGAAGCCUCCUCGGCCGCCGCGUGGACCGUCGCUGGACGCAGCGGAUCAGAAACUGAUAAGGGAGAUCGCUGAAUUGGCGAUGCUGAAACGCGCGAGGGUCGAACGCAUGAGAGCUUUGAAGAAAUCUAGAGCCGCAAAAGCUGCGUCUGCAGCUUCUUCUAUCGGCAAUGUCUUGGCCACGCUUCUGACCGCUAUCUUCUUCUUCGUCCUCGUUUUCCAAGGAUUGUCACCAAGAGCAGGCUCUAGCGCCGGAAAAUCUCCCUUAGUAGACGCCGGAAAAGCCAGUGGCGGUUUUGUUUCGGUUCAGUAUGCGGGAAAUCCGUCUGCGAGCCAACCUAAUGGAGGUUAUACCGGACCGGGUUUAGCACAGAGAUUCCCAAAUUUACUAAAACCGGUAUCCGGUUUGGAGAAUGAAAAGAAAAUGAAUAGAGAUUCACAGUAAAGUGUAAACCAAAGGGAUAGAAAUGGACAACUCUAUACUGGUUUGAUCAAACCAUACAUCGGUUUAGAUUGUCGGUGAACCAUGUAUUCGUACCGAUAAAUUUUGUUGGGGAAAAUCAGCUGCUUUCUCAGCGGCAAUGAAACAAUAACUAUCCGAUGUUGGGGUAAGAGUAGUUUCGUAAUGUUUUUCUUGAAAUAAAAUAUGAGAGAAGUUACAACUUACAAGUAAUAAAAUCAGUGCUUAUAUAUAUAUAUUUUUUUUAUCUGUAUUUAGUGAUCACGGUAUUCUAUAAUACAAACUGGGAUGAUAUCAGUAGAUUUCUAAAUACAUCCAAUUUUUAACAAAAUCAAAAC